UCCAGUGUUUCGGAAUGGUGGCAGUAAACGCCUUCUGCGCUUUUAUUGGCGUUAUAUUAUAUGCAAGGUAUAUGAACUGUGAUCCGGUAAUGGCGGGUGACGUGCGACGAUACGAUCAAAUUCUUCCUUUUUUUAUCAUGGAAAUCGGCAAAAAAGUUCCAGGAUUGUCGGGUAUUUUUAUUGCCGGUAUUUUUAGUGCAACUUUAAGUACACUAUCUUCAUCAUUCAAUACGUUAUCUGCUACCAUUUAUGGGGACUUAAUAGCACCGUGUAUAUCACGAGAAGCACUAAAGGGCAAAGAAUGUUGGAUCUUAAGGCUGAUAGUUGUAAUAACGGGUGGUCUUUGCACAUGUUUAACUUUUCUGGUUGAAUACAUGGGAGGAAUAUUGCCGUUUGUGACGGCCGUUGUUGGCUUGGUGUAUGGAGUACUGACCGGAUUGUUCAUCCUUGGCCUUACCUUUAGGAGGGCAAAUGCAAAAGGUGCCUUUUAUGGAAGUGUUACAAGCUUUAUCGUCAUUGGUACCAUAGCUGCUAUAGGCCAAUGGUAUUCUAUUCAAGGUGCUGGAGUUGAUUUCAGAAAACCAAUGUCAGUGGCAGAUUGCCCGGUUCCUGUCAACAUCACAAUAGUACCCACGGCACACGCGGAGUAUACACCCUUCAAACCAUUUGUACUAUUUCGAAUUUCCUUCUGGUACAACUCGGUUAUGUGUACGCUAAUGGUGAUCAUUGUUGGCAUGUUGGUUAGCUGUUUAACUAAAACCGAAAGCGUAGAUCCUACCCUUCUGAGUCACAUUGGCCGUAAAGGCGUCAGUAAAGGAAAACUACCGACUAUAGAAACGUACGCGGUUGGAGUGAAGGACGAGAGUGGACAUACCUACAACUUCCAGCGGAAUGUUUGUUAAACUAUUGCGACUGAUUGUUUUUUUAAGGAUACUGGGGUAUACUGAUCAGAUGCUACUCCUUUUAUGUAUCCUUGCAGCAAGAAUUCCACAGACAAGUUAUAUACAAAAAUAACUCCACCGCCAAAAAAGUGACGAUUAACAUCCGUCUCUUUCAUGUAAAACAAUUUCCGUUCUUUUCAUCUUUCCGAACACUCUCCUCCUUCCUGUCUAAAUGACUUCGUCAUCGAAUAACUACCGGUCGCGUUUACGUCGGCGAAAAAACAUCUGCUCAUUGAAACUCAAUUAGCUUACGCAGCGAUAACGAAACUUCAUAUCGCAACGACCGGAUUUACAAGAGGCAACUUUAACAAAACAUUGACCCAAUUAAUUCCAGAUGUUCCUUAACUUACCAACUGAACAAUAAAAUAAACAAAUUAAAAGGUGAUUAUUUGAACAAAAAUGAAACAUCCAAUAAUUUAAAUACAACAUCAAAUAAAAGAAAUUCGCAUACAGAGAGUGACCCAUCAUGGUUAUAGGUGCCAAACAAAACUUCCGCGUGAAGUAGUUUACGCGGUAAUAAUUAUUCGUUAUUUUUUGUUAUUAUUGGUAGAAGCGCUUCAUUUGUUUCAUUUAUAUUUUUUCGUUACCAUUAAUAUAAUGUACCGUGUACCCUGUUCCACUUGUCUGUGAAACUUAUAAUACCACAAACAGAAUCAGUCUAACUUUUUUUCUGAGAUACAGGGUAAAAGUUUGACCUUUUGGUAUGUUAUCACAU